AUGUCGAAUCACGCCGCCGCCGCCACCGCUGGCCUAUUAGUCAUGCGCAGGGUCGAGGCGACCGCAAGGUGGUUCUCCAUUGAUCCCGGUCCCGCCGACGCUGGGUGCCAAUUCGCGGUGUCUGUGAGGUGCUAUGUGAAGCGGUCCCUGGUGUUCCGCAGACGCGGCCAGCCCCCGUACGUGAUAUACCAGCCAUAUAUCGGGGCAAGCAAUGGUUCCAUCAUGAAGUUCGGUGUCAGAGACCUCUCUGUGCUCCAGAGCGACGAUGCCUGCCGAUGGGCGCUCCGCAGGAUGCUGGCGAGAAUGCCCCAGCUCCAGGUGCUCCGCCACACCGACGUCGACUGGGAUGACGUCGUACCCUCGAACAUGGUGCCGCAGAUCGUCCGCGCGGCGUGCGGUGACAACGCCCCCCACGGCUUCACCUUUCACUUCGUCAUGGCGGUGGACCGACAGUUCAUACAUGACGAGCAGGCUCUCCUGAUGGCAUGUAAGAGGGAGCUGGGCGGCAGUGAUAAGCUCGAGAACUGCCCGAUCUGCUUGGAUGUACUAGAGGGAGAGCCCGUCGUGCAGCCGCCGAGGUGCCCGCACGCGUUCCACCACCGAUGCAUUUUUAGGUGGUUCUGCAAGGCAACAACGUGCCCGAUUUGCCGCCGCGAUGUGAGGAUCUGUGCCCUGCCUGAGUUUCUUUCUCUGUAG